UUUUUUUAUAAAUAAUUUUAUGUAUACAUUAUAUAUUAUUUUAUAUUAGAUUCUGAGCGGAUGUGUUGAUUUUACAAUGAUGUGUUUUUUUUAUAAAAUUUGUUUCCGUGUACACGAUAAGUAGGUAGUUGAAAUAAUGCUUCGUUUUCCAACUUUGAAAGUUUUACACUAGAGUGAAUCUAUAUUGUAUAAAUCAAAACAAAAACCCUUCGUAAACUUCUUGUAAAAAUUGCUAAGAAAAAAAAUAUUAGAUCAUUAAGCACUAUAAAGAUGUGAUAUAAUGAAUUAAUGCUAAGUAUAUUGAAUUUAAGUAAACGUAUUUUGUUUCAAUAAUUUAUUUACUUGGCGAGGAAUUAACAAAGUGUGAUGAACAAAAUAAUUAAAUGGCCAGUGCCGUAUUUCCCAGUAAACACUUUAAGCUAGUGCUUUGGGCGGUAAAUUAUUUUUAAUAUUACAUUUUUAUUAUUAUAUGUUACUAGAACUGAAAGCAAUGCAACUAAUUAUAAAAUGUUUUUAGAGCAACGAGAUUGUGGUAAUUUUUAUUGUAAGGUGAUUUUUAAUUUCAAAUUUGUAGAGUUUAUCACCUUAUAAUAGCAUUGCUGCGUUAGAUAUUUAUGAUUAUUUUAAUAAUAUUAUUAUUAAUAUUUAUAUUAUUCAAAAUUUUUUUUUAAGAAAUAAUUCCUCGCCAAGUAAAUAAAUUAUUGAAACAAAAUACGUUUACUUAAAUUCAAUAUACUUAGCAUUAAUUGAUAUCACAUCUUUAUAGUGCUUAAUGAUCUAAUAUUUUUUUUUUACUUAGCCAUUUUUGCACGAAGUUUACGAAGGGUUUUUGUUGUGAUUUAUACAAUAUAGAUGGUUAUGACCCGCCGACCGCAGACACUCGUCGUCAUUUGCUCCCACCUAGGCCUCGAGCUGCAUACACGAAAUUGAGUGGGGGAACCGGCCGAUGCGACGACGACGGCUAGCGUGAUUCUGAAUUUAAUAUAAAUUUCCUUUAAAAAUGCCGCACUUUUUCAUGAAUAACGUAAGCGCCGCCCCUAAUCGAAUCUAUUUUUCUACUACAGAUUAUCCAAACAAACACAAAAAAAUUAAAUAAAUAUCACUCCAUUGUAAAAUCAAUACAUUCAUUAUUCCGCUUAGAAUCUAAAAUCUAAUUAUUAUAUAAUUAAAUAAUUUUAAAUAUAACAAAAUAUAUUGUGUAUAAUAUGAUAUUAUAAAAUUGAUAUUUUAAAUUAAAUUAUCCUUUGGUGUGCUUAAAUGUGUGUGGAUUGACUGUUAAUACUUUUAUUUUUUAACUCUCGAUCCUUUUUAUUAUUUUGAAAUACAUAAUAGUUAUUACAAAUGUAGCAAAAGUACCAUGCACUUUUGUCCUGGAACCAUGAAAAAGAUGGCCGACGGAACAAUUAUAGUGAUGAGGUCUCACUCUAAUCAUGAGCGUGAAGAUGAUACCCCUCAGUUAAUAUAUGCUUUAAAAGCAGUACUAAAAAGAAGAGCUGCUGCUGAAAAUAUUUUAUUAAAAGAAAUUUACGACGAAGAGUGCUUAAGGCAUCCAAUAGCAGCUAGCUUAUAUCCAUGGCCUACAGCUGAAUCUUUAAUGCGUUUGGCCCGUAGGUCAGUAAUGCCUAGAUUGCCUGGGAACCUUCAGGAACUAGCAUCCUUAUUUGAUAAUGGGCAUCUUCAAAGAUACAAUUGUUGUGACAUUACGAUAUUUAGGAGCUGUAUUCGUGACCUUGAUGGUAAAACUAGCCUGAUAUUUGCAUGUCCAGUUUUGUCACAAAGUUUUUGUGGUACUGGAAUUGAGGAGCUUCAUGUAGACGCUACUUUUAAAGUGGUUCCAGUAAACAUGGGCUAUCAAUUAUUGAGCGUACAUGCUAUGAUACAAAAUUAUUCAAUACCAAUUUUAUUAUAUUCGCACUAAUGGAAUCAAAGUCUAGGAAUUCAUAUGACAGUGUAUUUCGAUAUGUUAAAGAUAAUCUUUUAGCAAACAUUUCUCCAAGGAUUAUCAUAAGUGAUUAUGAAUCUACACUUAGAGAUGUUCUACAAUCAUAUUUCCCUGAAGCUCGAACAUCUGGUUGUUGGUUCCACCAUAAUCAAGCAGUUUUUAAAAAUAUGAAAAGUAAAGGAUACUAUAGGCUUGUAAAUACUAAUCAAUUUGCACUGCAAAGCUUAAACCUUUUAUUUGGCCUUCCACUGCUUCCAUAUCAGGAUAUAGAAAGAGCAUUUCAAUUAAUUAAAAUGUAUGCAAUCAACCAUGGAGUAGCGAUGCAUAAUUUAUUUGACUAUUAUGAGAGGUAUUGGUUGCGCCGUGUGGGAACUCAGAUAAUUUCAGUUCAUGGACUUCCUAGGCGUACAAACAAUAAUAUUGAAAGUUUCCACAAUAAAUUAAGAUUAAAAUUUUCAGUGACUCAUCCCAAUCUAUGGAUAUUUUUAAGUAAUUUGAGUAAUUUAUUUAAUAAUUACCAUGUUAUAAUGAGGCAGCUUGAAAAUAAUCUUCAACCUACUAGGAGUCUGAAGGCAAAAUAUUUAUCACAAUCCAAAAGACUUAAAAAUGCCACAAGCCAAUACGAUGCUGGGAUCAGAAGUAUGUGGCAGUUCAUGCAAUUGACUUCGUAUACCACAUCAAGAUAUAUAUCUCGACAUAUAAAUUGGAUCAAUGAGGUAGAUCCAAAUUCUGAGCCAGAAGUGGAAGCUGCUGCUGUUGUACAGCCAAUUCAGGAACCACAACUGCCAAUAGCUCCACAAGUGUCAACGUGCAUAGUAUGUUUGAAUGCAAGAGCAGCAAAUAUUCAACAGCAUAUUGUUAUUCCUUGUGGUCAUGCAUGGGUUUGCAACAAUUGCAUUACAUCCCUUCCAGCACCAACAAGAUGCCCAUUAUGUCGAAUGGAAGAAGUCACUUUUCAAAGAAUUUUCUUAAAUUAAAAUUUUCUAUUAGUUUUAAAAUAUUUAAUUGUUCAUCAAACAAAACUACACAAUAUGACAUACAAAUUAA